GCCAGAAGCUGCUGCAGAGGCCCAAGCCGGGCAAAGCCAAGCUCCUCGGAUCCGCGAAGAAAGUCAACGUCAACUUCCAGGACACCGAUGGGUUCUCCGCCCUGCACCAUGCAGCCCUCAAUGGCAACACGGAGCUCAUCUCGCUGCUGCUGGAAGCUCAGGCCGCCGUGGACAUUAAGGACAACAAAGGGAUGCGGCCCCUGCACUACGCCGCCUGGCAGGGCAAGAAGGAGCCGAUGAAGAUGGUGCUGAAGGCAGGGUCAGCCGUGAAUGCCCAGUCGGACGAGGGCCAGAUCCCCCUGCAUCUGGCAGCCCAGCAUGGGCACUACGACGUGUCUGAGAUGCUGCUGCAGCACCAGUCCAACCCCUGCAUCGUGGACAACUCUGGCAAGACGCCGCUGGACUUGGCUUGCGAGUUUGGCCGUGUCGGGGUGGUGCAGCUGCUGCUGAACAGCAACAUGUGUGCGGCGCUGCUGGAGCCCAAGCCAGGGGAUGCCACCGACCCCAAUGGCACCAGCCCCCUGCACCUGGCAGCCAAGAAUGGGCACAUUGACAUCAUCAGGCUGCUGCUGCAGGCGGGCAUCGACAUCAACCGGCAGACCAAGGCGGGCACGGCCCUGCACGAGGCGGCUCUGUGCGGCAAGACCGACGUGGUGCGGCUCCUGCUGGAUAGCGGGAUCAAUGCCCACGUCAGGAACACGUACAACCAGACGGCGCUGGACAUCGUCAACCAGUUCACUGCCACCCAGGCCAGCAAGGAGAUCAAGCAGAUGCUGCGAGACGCCUCGGCCGCGCUGCAGGUCCGGGCCGUCAAGGAUUACUGCAACAACUACGACCUGACCAGCCUGAACGUGAAGGCCGGCGACGUCAUCACCGUGCUGGAGCAGCACGCGGACGGGCGGUGGAAGGGCUGCAUCCACGACAACCGGACCGGCAACGACCGCGUGGGCUACUUCCCGUCCAGCCUCGUCGAAGCCAUCAGCAAGCGAACAGGUUCAUGGGAAACGGUAACCAUUAGCCAGCACUAUCAAACGAUCCCGCUCCCGGGCCCCGGGGCAGCUGUGCUUAAUGGCGACGCCUCGGCCCAUCCGCUCCAUCUCCUGCCUCCACCUCCACCUCCUCCAUCACAUUCCCAUCAGCCUCUUUUCAGUUCCUUUGGCUAUCACAGGCUGCCCCAUAGCCCUGCGGGGGAGCGGCACUGUGGACAAGGUUCGCGCGGGUCCGACAUGAGCCCAUCCCACCUGUCGCCCUCGCAAGGCGGGUCACCAGCCACGCCGGCGCCAGCCGAGGAGAUCUGGGUGCUGCGGAAACCCUUUGCAGCAGGUGGCGACCGCAGCAGCCUGGGCAGCACCGGCAGCGUGGCCAGCGCACGGAGCUCGGGCAGCGGGCAGAGCGCGGGCAGCGGGGGUCAUGCCUUGCACGCCGGCUCAGAAGGGGUCAAGCGUGGGAUGGAUGGAUGGAGCUCAGCACCGGGUGCCCGAGGCGGUGGCGCGACCCCCAGGAGCUGCUGCCCCGGCACCCAGGCCGGUGCUGCGGGGGUGUCUGCCGACCGCGCUGACCCCCCCCGCUCUGCCGCAGGUUCCUCGCGGAGCCAGAGCGUGGCCAGCUCCCCGUAUGCAGCCCAGCCCCCGCCCGAGCAGCAGCUAAAGAAGAUGGAGCCCAUGUCGGAGGGGAAGAGCUCGGAGGCCGUGUACCAGUGGCUGUACAAGUUCCAGCUGCAGCUCUACGCGCCCAACUUCAUUAAUGCUGGCUACGACAUCCCCACCAUCAGCCGCAUGACGCCAGAGGACCUCACGGCUAUCGGCGUGACGAAGCCCGGGCACCGGAAGAAGAUCGCCUCGGAGAUCAACAGCCUGAACAUCCCCGAGUGGCUCCCGGAGUACAAGCCGGUACGGCUCUGCCCGCGGGGCCCGGGCGGUGGGCGCCGGGACCGCGCCGAGCCGGAGGAAACCCCCCUGCCGGCCAACCUGGCGCUCUGGCUGUCCAUGAUCGGGCUGUCGCAGUACUACAAGGUGCUGGUGGAGAACGGCUACGAGAACAUCGACUUCAUCACGGACAUCACGUGGGAGGACCUGCAGGAGAUCGGCAUCACCAAGCUGGGCCACCAAAAGAAGCUGAUGCUGGCGGUGAAGAAGCUGGCGGAGCUGCAGAAGGCCGAGUACGUCAAGUACGAGGCGGGGACACUAAAGAAGAAGGCGCCGCAGUCGCUGGAUGUCAUGGCCAUCGAGUCGCCCCCGCCCGAGAGCGCCGAGUGCCAGUCCCCCAAGAUGACCACGUUCCAGGACAGCGAGCUCAGCAGCGAGCUGCAGGUGGCCAUGACAGGCACCGGCGAGGCGCCCGACGAGCCCGAGAAGCCGGCCAACCACGUGCCGCACCUCCGGGAGGGCACCGGCUACCGGCCCCCCGCCACCCGCCACGUGCACCAAAACAGCCUGGGCAGCCGAGCCAAGCACAUCAGCAGCUCCCAAGAGCUGCUGGGCGACGAGCCCAAGGGGCCGAGCGCUGCCAUGUCCAAGAGCCAGGAGUACCUGACGGAGGAGGGCAAGGAGGGGCCCCCCAGCCUGCCCAAAGAGGUGCGCUCCCUGCGGCACGGGCACCCCGUGAAGAGAGCCAGCGUGCCCCCCGGGCCUGGCAAGCCGCGGCAGUCCUUC